AGUUACCAAUUCUCUUUUAUUCUUUUUCUAUAUAUACACACAACAAACCCAACCUAGUUCUUUCAUUAACCUUUAUACCUCUAGUAUUAAACUAAACGAAAGGGUAUCGCCAUCGAUCAUCAAGAUAAUGAAGGAUUGUGGGAAGAAUAGCAACUCACCAUGUGCAGGUUGCAAGCUAUUGAGAAGAAGAUGUGGUGAAGACUGUGUAUUUGCACCUUAUUUCCCAGCUGAUGAACCCCACAAGUUUGCCAAUGUUCAUAAGGUCUUUGGUGCUAGUAAUGUCAGCAAGAUGUUACAGGAAUUGCCAGAGCACAAGAGAGGAGAUGCAGUGAGUAGCAUGGUGUAUGAAGCAAAUGCUAGAGUUAGAGAUCCAGUAUACGGAUGUGUUGGAGCCAUUUCAUCUCUUCAACAACAGAUCGAUAUGCUUCGGACCCAACUAGCUAUGGCCCAAGCUGAGGUGGUCCAUUUAAGGCUAAGACAAUCUGCAGGCAUUACCAAUAGCCCAACAAAUAGUGGGUCUCCCUCUUCCCACAUAAUGGGCUCUCAUCAGCCCAAAGGAUAUUUCCAUAUGGAUUUGGAUGUAGACCAGUCCAACAAUGGCUUCAAUGAUCCCAUGUGGCCAUGUUAGAUGACUUUUGCCUAUUUUAAGUUCAAAGUUUCGUGUCCUUUUGCCUCUAUAUAAUUUUUUUCUUAUGAGAGCAAAGGUGAUGAUUAGAUACUGCUAAUGAGUGUGUUAGAGUGAAAUCAAACCCUUCUAAGGGUGUAUUAGAAAAGAUUAUUAUCUUUAUGCUUGUGUAUAUAUGUAAGCAUUAUGAAAAUUUUC